AUGUGCGAUCUCUACACCCUGAAUAACAUAUACUUCGCCCUUUCCCCCAAAAGUCCAUAUCCCGCGCCAAAGCUGAAUAUAUACUCCUCCCACUGGGCUCCGAAUGUUGAAGUCGUUGUACAGGGAUUGAACACUGGGCUACAGACAUACGGCUCGUACCGUGGUGGGGAUACAAUGGAACAGCGAGUCAAGUAUGUCUUCACACAUCGGGAUCUGAACGGAAAGACUGGCAUUUUCACAUUUCUCGGGAUUGGGAGGAAGGAAGACCCAGUUAGCAAGGACCUUGGUCUUCAAGCCCGGAACUACACAAAACACCGCGGAUCUGAAGGGGGAAAUAUUGGAUGGAUAGACUAUUGGCUCAGCAAUACGGCUGAAUAGUUACUUCAUGUGUUCUGCAUCCUCCCUCGCCCACAUUAAACCCCGAUUGCAUUUUCGACGGGCCCGCCUCAAAUUUUCAAGGAUCGACAUUAAUUUUUGCCAGUAUCAAUCCUGAUCAAGCUAGUGCUGGGUAUCGACUCCCUUAUCGCCACUAUUCGGAACCACGCAUGCACGUUAUAUCCAUCUCGGCCAGACGAUUGCCGCUG